AUGACACAAGCCACGAAUUUCAAAUUAAAAUGUUCAGGGAUUAUUAUUAUUAUUACCAUUGACAUUUCCCCCUCUAGAAAUUCCAACUCAAUGAGCACAGGCUUGCUACUUAGGAGACUACCUGGUCAUUUUCCAACUAAACUAUACAACAAGUCUAGUAUAUUACUUUCAUGCCAUAAGCGAUGGAAUUCGAAAAGCACCACCGAAAAAUUGAAAAGCGCAAACCCGAGUAAGAAUAUUGACUUGACACAUUUUCCAGCAGAAAAUAUUAGAAAUUUUAGUAUUAUUGCGCAUAUUGAUCAUGGAAAGAGCACACUAGCAGAUAGACUAUUAGAAUUCACAAACACGAUAUCAAAGACGGGAUCAAACAAACAAGUACUUGAUAAAUUAAAAGUGGAAAGAGAACGAGGAAUUACGGUGAAAGCACAAACUGUAUCCAUGUUUUAUCAAUAUAAAGGGAAAGAGUACCUGCUAAAUUUAAUUGAUACACCAGGCCAUGUGGAUUUCAGUUAUGAAGUGUCACGUUCCUUGGCGGCAUGUCAAGGUACUAUUCUACUCGUUGAUGCCGCUCAGGGCAUUCAAGCACAGACCGUGGCAAAUUUUUACUUGGCCUAUGGUGAAGGUUUAGAGAUUAUACCCAUACUAAAUAAAAUUGAUCUUCCUGGAGCAGAACCUGAACGAGUGAAACGACAGAUUCAAAGCGCAUUCGAACUAGAUACAUCCUCUAUAUUACAGAUCUCUGCGAAGUCUGGAAUCAACAUUGAUAAAGUAUUACCCAACGUCAUCGAGAAAGUACCACCACCUAUAGGGGAGAUAGAGAAGCCUUUCAGAGCCCUUUUGUUUGACUCAUGGUAUGAUCAAUACGUCGGCGUUGUUUGCAUGCUGGGUGUGAAGGAUGGUGUGAUUCGAAAGGGAGAUAAGAUCAUAUCUGCCCAUUCGGAUACUAAAUAUGAAGUGACAGAGGUUGGCAUUAUGCAUCCAGAGCAAGUGCCUACAGGCUAUCUACAUGCGGGUCAAGUAGGAUACAUUAUCUGUGGUAUGAAGAGUGCCUCUGAAGCGCAUAUUGGCGACACAUUUUAUCAUGUAGGACAAAAGGUAGAUGUCUUGCCUGGCUUUCAGCCUGCACAAUCAAUGGUAUUUGCUGGUAUUUUUCCCGUGGACACGAAUGAUUUCCGUAAAUUAGACGAUAAUAUCAGAAAAUUGACCUUGAAUGACGCAAGUGUGAGUGUACAUAAGGAAACAAGCCAUGCGCUUGGCCAAGGAUGGCGAUUGGGGUUUCUUGGCACGCUACAUAUGGAUGUGUUUAGACAAAGACUAGAAAAUGAAUAUGAUGCCAACAUCAUUGUCACGCAGCCUACUGUACCAUACAAAGUCAUCUACAAGGAUGGUACAUCCAAAUUGGUAAGAAAUCCUUCCGAUUUCCCAGAUAUGGACGAACGAUCACUUAGAGUAUCCAAAUUUCAAGAACCAAUGGUCUUAGCAACCUUGAUCUUUCCUGAUGAAUACAUGGGUAAACUGAUUGAGCUAUGCGGAAGUAGACGAGGUGAACAAUUAGAGUAUACAUAUGUGGAUGAAACACGUGUCAUGAUGAAGUACAGAUUACCACUGGCUGAAAUAGUGACAGAUUUCUAUGAUGAACUCAAAAGCCGAUCGUCAGGUUAUGCCUCGUUUGACUAUGAGGAAGCAGGCUAUGAGGACAGUGAUCUAGUCAAGAUGUCUGUACUCUUAAACUCUAAACCAGUUGAUGCAUUAUCUGUCAUUCUUCAUCGCUCACAAGCAGAGUUUGUUGGUCGUGAUUGGGUCAAACGACUAAAAGAUGUUAUUCAAAAGCAGUUGUUUGAGAUAUCUAUUCAGACUGCUUUAGGUACAAGAAUCAUUGCAAGAGAAACUAUUCCUGCGCUACGAAAGAACGUUACAGCCAAAUGCUAUGGUGGAGAUGUGUCUAGAAAAAUGAAAUUAUUACAAAAGCAAAAGGAAGGCAAGAAGAGAAUGAAGAUGAUCGGCAAUGUGGAGUUACCUCAGAAGGCAUUUUAUGAUUUCAUGGAUAAAAGUAAAAACUCAUAGCGGAAUAACACAUCAUCCGUAAGUUACGUGUCUGUGUGUUGAUUACAUAAUAAUAAAGUUAUUUUAUUAUUAUAAAAAGUAGUUAAACAUAGAGAUAAUAUUAAGUAGUAAAUAAAAUAAAAAAAAGCGUAUGUAUAUAGAAUAGAAUAGAGGGAGGGACAAAGGUGUAUAUGUAUAAAUGUAAAUAUAUAUAUAUAUAUAUAU